AUGCCUGCCCAGGCGGGACCUGCUGAGGCACAGGCACCAUUGAUGUUUGGAGACUUGGCCAUCCACUUCCUCCUGGAGGAGUGGGAGAAACUGAGCCCUCAUGCACAAGGAUCUGUACUGACUCAGUCUGUCCUGAAAUACAGAAGCUGCUUCAGUCUAGGACUUUCUUAUCGGAGGCCAAACGUGAUCAUCUUGCUGGAGAAGGGCACAGCACUUCAGCUGAUGGAGCCGAGAAGACACAGGGGCCUGGACUCAAGGUCUAAAUGUAAGACCAAGAAGUUACAUCCAAAUCAUUGCAACAAACCUAAGCAACACAUCUAUCAGAAACCAGUUUCUGUAGCACAAAAUCCUCCAGGAAAGAGAGGCUGCAAGAAAAAUUCAGUCCUAAUAAAACCCGAGAAAGUGCAUCCAGGGAAGAAUUCUUUAAAAGGUAAUGACAGUGGGAAAAUCUUUAGUCGAAGUUUAUAUUUUAAACUCCAUCAGAAUUCUCAUACUGAAGAGAAGCCUUAUGAAUGUAGUAAUUGUAGAAAAGUCAGACAGGCCUCAGCCCUCAUCCUUCAUCAGAGAAUUCAGUAGAGUGGAAGGAAAAGCCAUGAAUGUGGUAAGUGUGAGUAAAGCUUCAUUCAAAGAAUGACCCUGAAUCUCCAUGAGAAAGUUCAUGAUGGAAAGAAAACCUUUGGCUGUGGGGAAGCCUUGAGUCAGUGCCCAUCCCUCAGUCUACAGCAGAAAAACUGCUUUGUGGCGAAUACUCCCUGGUGCAGAAAGUGUGGGAAAGCCUUCAUUCAAAGUUAUCCUUUUUACUUCAUAGGAAGACUCAAAAUGAAAAGAAUAAGUAAGUGCAAUAAAUGUGCAAAAGGCUGAAGUAAGAGGUCAGUCCUUGUACAUAAAAGAAUUCACAUUGGAAAGAAAACCCAUGAGGGAGAGGCCUUAAGUCAGCAGGGAAGUGACCUUUCAGAGAAUCCUUAUACAUGUAGAAAAUGCGGAAAAUCCUUUAAUACAAUUUCAUCCAUUUUGCUUCAUCAGAGAGUUCAUGCUUCAGAAAAACCCUACAUAUGUGAUAAAUGUCAGAAGGUCUUCAGGCGGCUUUCAACCCUUAUUCUACAUCUAAAAAUUCAUAAUGGAGAGAAACUGUACAGAUGGAACAAAUGUGAGGUCUAUAUUUGGCACUCAUCCCUUCAACACCAGAAAAUUCAUAUAAGGAAAAAGGAACUGUUUGAAUGUCAGGAAUGUGGGAAGAUAUUCUGAAACUGCCAGUUUUCUGAAACUGCCAACCUUAAAAUUCAUCAGAACCUUCAUUCUGAAGAGAAACCUUUCAAAUGCAAUAAAUGUGGUAAAGUGUUUGGUCACCAAUAAUUUCUUAUUAAACAUCAGAGAAUUCAUACUGGAGAAAAACUCUACCAAUGUGAGGAAUGUGGGAAGGCCUUCAGCCAUUGAGUAUCUCUUACUCGAUAUCAGAGAAUACAUGCUGAAGACAGACCAUGUCAAUAUGGUCAGUGUGGAAACGCCUUCAGCCAGAGUGCACACCUCACCCAACACGAAAGAAUUCACACUAGAGAGAAACCAUACACAUGUAAAACAUGCGAGAAGGCCUUUAAUCAAUGCACAUCCCUUAUUCUACAUGAAAGAAGUCAUACUGGAGUGAAAACCUAUGAAUGUAACAAGUGUGAGAAGGCCUUCAGCAGUGGCUCAGACCUUAUCUGAUAUCAGAAACUGGGUAUAACAAAACCCUAUGCAUCUAGUAAAUGUGGGAAGGCAUACAGUUGGAGUUCAUCCCUGAUUUGACGUCAAAGUACCCGUUCAGCACAAAAAGCCUAA